UAUGCUCUCCCCUUUCCCUCCCUCACUCCGGGUGAGCUAGCUAUGUUGUGUUGGUGCAGCCGCAGAAGCCUUUGCUCUUCCACCAGUCCAUCCAUCCAUUCCACCGGGAGGAGAGCAGGACCUCUCCUUCCUUUUCCCUCCUCCUCUGCGCUCCUAGGUUAGGAGGAGGGGCUUUUCAAAGGAGAGAGCAAAAGAGAAAGUCCUUGCAUACCCCAACAAGGCAACCCGCUGCUGCCUUUUUCUCCCUCUCCCCUCCCCUCCCCCCUUCUCUCUCUCCACCCUCUCUGCUUUCUUGUUAUCUUCAGCCCAGCCAACGAGAGCAGAGCAGAGCCGAGCCGAGCAGAGAGAGGUGGACCGAAACAUCGGACAGCAAGCAGGGAGGGGAGCUAGCCAAGGAAGGACGGCGGGCAUGUGGGAUCUCAAUGACUCGCCGGCGGCCGACGCGCCGCCGCUGUCCCCGUCCGUCGACGACUCCGGCGCCUCCUCCUCGUCGGCCGCCGCGGUGGUCGAGAUACCCGACGACGCCGACGACGACUCCGCCGAGGCCGUCGUCACGCGCCAGUUCUUCCCCCCGGCCGCCCCGGGCGAGGGCGCCGCCGGGAACGGCCGCGCGGCGUGGCUCCGCCUGGCCGGCGCCCCCGCGCCCGCCGUGGCCGCCGCAGCAGCCGCGGCCGCCGGAGGAGGAGUCGGAGGCCCCGCGGCGUCGGCGGCGGCCAAGAAGAGCCGGCGCGGGCCGCGGUCGCGCAGCUCGCAGUACCGCGGCGUCACCUUCUACCGCCGGACGGGGCGGUGGGAGUCGCACAUAUGGGAUUGCGGCAAGCAGGUCUAUCUGGGUAAGUUUCCUUCAUCUCCAUCUUGUCCAUGCAUACAUAUUUGGGCGCGGAUCGAUCGCCGAUUGGCGGCCGGCCGGCGUUUUUCCCGUUCCCGAUUCCUCACAAUGUCACCGACGACUUGCAGGUGGAUUCGACACUGCUCAUGCGGCGGCUCGGGCGUACGAUCGGGCGGCGAUCAAGUUCCGCGGCAUGGAGGCCGACAUCAACUUCAGCCUGGAGGAUUACGACGACAUCAAGCAGAUGGGCAACCUGACCAAGGAGGAGUUCGUCCACGUGCUCCGGCGCCAGAGCACGGGGUUCCCCCGGGGCAGCUCCAAGUACAGGGGCGUCACCCUCCACAAGUGCGGCAGGUGGGAGGCGCGGAUGGGCCAGUUCCUCGGCAAGAAGUACGUCUACUUGGGGCUGUUCGACACCGAGGAGGAAGCCGCCAGGUCGUACGACCGCGCUGCCAUCAAGUGCAACGGCAAGGAUGCGGUGACAAACUUCGAUCCCAGCACCUACGCCGAGGAGUUCGAGCCCGCGGCUUCGACCGGCGACGCGGAGCAGAACCUGGACCUGUCGCUGGGGAGCUCGGGGGGCUCCAACAAGAGGGGCAGCCUCGACGGCGGCGGAGGCGGCGACGACGACGGCGCGGCCGGGUCCGACCAGCGCGUCCCCAUGGCCUUCGAGCUCGACUGGCAGACGGCGGCGGCGGCGGCGGCGGCACGGAGCACCAAGGCCAAGUUCGACCAGAACUUGACGCAUCACCAGAUGCCCCCUCCGGCCCUGCAAGCCUCCCACAUGCCCUUCAGUCCCAGGCACCACCAAUUCAUGGGCAACGGCGAUCCGGGGACCGCGGGAGGCCUGUCGCUGACGGUCGGCGCCGCCGGCGGGGGCGGGCACUGGCCUCCGCCUCUGCACCACCAAUACCAGCCGCCGCCGCCGCCUCCGCAGCAGCAGCAGCCGCAGCAGAGGCUGCACGGCUGGGGCAACGUCGUCCCCGGCACGAGCUGGCAGCCGCCUCAGCCGCCGCCGCACCACCAGGCGGGGCCGCCGCCGAACAACGCUGCCGCCGCCGCCGCAGCAGCUGCAGCAUCAUCACGAUUCCCACCCUACAUCGCCGCGCAGGCGCAGAGCUGGCUCCAGAAGAACGGCUUCCACUCCCUGGCCCGACCCACCUAGCUUGCCAGAGAGACCAUCAAGACCAGCUCCACCGCGCGCCGCCUUCAUCCAUCAUCCAUGGCGAAGAUCGACCGACAGGUGUGUGUGUGUGUUCCACUGAAGCAGGCGAGAUCACGGAGGAACCACAACCAUGCAUGCAUUACCACCACAACUGAACCGAAACCGAAACUGAAACUGGAUGCUAGUAUUCUUUUUCCAUUUCUUGUUAUUUUUUCUUGAUUGAGUGAGAUGGAUUUGAGAGGACGGAUGGAUGUGGUCAUGUAAAUGCGGAGUUCCCCAAGAAGACGAUCGAGAUUGGUUCUACUCUAGCUUCUAGUAGCUCUAGCUAGCUUUCAACUCAAGUGUCGAGUGUGUUUGUGUGUGUGGUGGAGUAUCUUUUGGUGCUUCUCGUUGCAUACCAUGGCCAACAGCGAUGACUCGGGGGGGAUUCCACAUCA